AUGUCGGAGCCGCGAAGGUCGACGAGGGCGCGCGCAAGGGAGGAAGCCGUACCCCCGACCCCCGAUCCGCCAAAAGAGACGCCCAGCAAGCCACCUUCGAAGUCACUAAAGCGCAAACGAACGAGUGUCGCGCCCAUCAAAGAUGCAACUCCAGGCACACCCGUCGCGGAGGGCCCACAGCUACCCUCGCAACCCGUCCUGCCCCUCCGAGUCGUAGAGGGCCAGCCACUACCGACUCUGUCAGAACCGCAGUCACUCGAUCUGUCGUCGCAAGAGUAUCAGGACAUACAGCACAGUGGCGUGCUUAGUGCCUCUCUUCAGCGGUCCCGCGCGAUAUGGGUGUCUGGCACCAAUUUCAGGCUCUUCCAUGCGUUUUUCACACCACCGAAGAAGGUCGCUGAUCGUACUGAGGAGGACAAGCAAAAUAUACAGCGGCAGAAGGAGAUUGUGCGCAACUUUCCACAAGUGGGCGAGGCACAGUUGGUUAUAGAACCACAUACGUUUCCUAUCCGUCUCUAUGGACCGCGGGAGGCUGUCAGACAGGUGCAAAAGAAGGCGCCGACAUAUGGACAAUGGCCAAAUCAUAAUCAACAGAGCCCGUACCAAUACAACCACACGCCACCCCAACAUCAGCCGCCUCCGCAGCAACGGCCACCGCAGCCCAAACCACAGCCGCAAAAGCCAGUCCCGCCGCCGCAAGCGCCUGCGCCCGAUCCUGUUAUCCACAUGCUGGCACAGCGAGCGGGGCAAGAUCCUGAACUCAAGGCUGUCAUGAAGAUUGUCGCCGCAGGGCAGGCUACGAAAGAGCAGCUAGAGUUCUUUCAAGGACAUAUUAGCGAGCUUACGAAUAUACUACAGAAGCAGAAGGAUGCAGGUAUACAGCAUGCUCCUCCACCUCCGCCUCCGCCAAAGCCAGCCACCACUCCACGUCCACAGCCUAUAGCGCCGCCUCCGCAAUCAGUUGCACCGACACCAACACCACCACCGCCCCCGCCCAAGCAGGAGCAGCAACAACCGAUACCGCCCAAACAGCCUGCUCCUAGUCCUACUCCUCCACACGUCCAGCAACCGCAGAUGGCUCCAGCACCCCCAGGACCGCUCCAGGCACCUCAUCCCGGCAACUACAAGUACAAGCAAACGUAUAAUCAACCGCAGCAGUACCAUCAGCACCAUGCACAGCAAUAUUCCCCCGUUUAUCAAGCGCCUAGGGCAACUUAUCGUCCGCUGGUGUUUGACUUCAAGGAGGGCAAUGGGGACAAGUUCUACUUUCCAACAUACAGCUUUAUGGAGUGGUUACCCAACAACUCAGGCGCGAAAUUCUCUUUCUUGGUCACAAAGAUGAAGCCAAAACCACCGCCAGCCACGAACAUAAAAACGCCUGCCACGCCAGCACCGAAAGUUGCUCAAUCUCCUGCUGCUCCUGCCAGCACUGUGCCCACUCCGACUCCUACUCCAGCAGGUGACGCAAACAAUGUGUCGACUCCAAACGGCGCUCCACCCAAUAUCGCAACCCCAGGACCUGCCCAAGCCACUCCUACAGCGGCGCCAGCACCAACAACCACCCCUCUACCGCCCGCCACACCCUACGUUCCCCCACCGCGAAUUGAAGACUUCGACGAAAAGGUUGAUAUCAAAGACAUCGAGUUCUACCAACCUGUCACCGUUCUUGUGAUGAGCGGUCAUCCAGACAUACUUCAGACGCUGCCACGUGCCAUUCGUCCGCCGGAUGCCGUAGAGAAAUACAUGAAUCAGGUGUUCGACACAUGCAGAAGAGCAGAGGAGACAUUCUUAGCAUUCAGAUUGCCAAAAGAGGGUGGCGCGGAGGCUGAGAACGAGGAAAAGAAAGCAAGGAGUGGCGAUGCUACGCCCGUGGUGCACGCGGCUGCUUAUGAUGUCUCCAUGGCCGGCGACAGGAGGAAAUCGAGUGGCCGCCCGAGGAAGAGUAUAGCGGUGUAG